AAAGCAGCGUAAAACAGGAAAGCCUGGACAAUGGUUAAGCGAUUAAAUCAUAGCAAUGAGAAGACAUCACGGCAGAAAGCAAGAAUGGUCUGAGCAGUAAACAGAACUGAACAUUUUGCCUUAACACUAUAAAUAUUGCAAAACCAGCCGAGAGAGCCCAGGAUAACUUGAUCUCAGGUCCUUCCUCAAGCACCAGGUGGGAACAGGCAGUCAUGUCCCAGAUGAAGCAGAUCCUGUGAUGUGCCAUACCAAUCAGAUUUUCCUUCUGCACCACAUUUUCUAUCUUCUUCCAACUGCUGCUUUGUACUGAGAGGAUCUGAAAGACUGAAGAAGAGAGGGAGGAAAAAAAUAGCCAAGCCAGCGGCAUCUCUGUGGAUGUGGAAUAAGGGCGCUGCUCGGCUCACACAGAUCCACUUGCUAAGUCAGGAAUUACAGCUGUUACUGAGGAGCACGCGGCGCGGCUCUCGGGAGGGCGCCGAGGGAGCCGCAGAACCAGGCUCUGCUCUCAGGCACUCCAAGCUCUGCUCUCCUCACGUCAGCACUGCCAUGGAGCCCAACAGCCCCAAAAAGAUCCAGUUUGCCGUGCCGCUGUUUCAGAGCCAAAUAGAUCCCGAAGCAGCUGAGCAGAUCAGGAAGAGAAGGCCUACACCAGCAUCGCUUGUCAUCAUGAAUGAGCAUGUGCCCCCAGAAAAAGAUGAGAAAAGAACAAACAUCUCACAGGCAGAAUGCCAGAGCUCAUCGCCAAAGCAGCGGAAGCAGAGCGUGUACACCCCGCCUGCCCUCAAAGGGAUAAAGCAUCUGAAGAGUCAGAGUGAUUCAGCAUUCCCAGAGGAGGAAGAGGGAAUUGGUGAAAGAGAAGAGGAAUGGGACCACUAAGCCAUGCAAGUCUGCUUGGGGGUCAGGUACCGCGAUGUGACACUGUGCGUGUGUCCCACCAUUCACCACCACUUAUGUUCCCAUACAGCAGGGUGUGCUGGGGGCACACCUUGAUUGGGCUUUAUGGCCACCUGCAAAUCUGUUCUGUGAGCCUUAUACCCAGAGAUAAAAUGGUUGUUUUAACGUCAUUCUUCUUUGAUUUUCUACGACGUAGAAAUGUCGUUGCAAACAUGGUAGUGAUCUGAUGGCAGUACUGCCAAAGCUUAACUUCUGCGUGUGAGCUGUGUUCUAAGACCUGUUGUAAAUAAAUCCCAUUUAAGAGCUACAAAAUAAAUAAUAUGUUCCUUUAGACAAGACUGUAUGUUGUACCGUGGGUUUGUCUAGCCUGUGGAGGAGUGUUUGUAUAGAAUGAUCCCAUUAGUUAAGGGCUGCUUUUACCAGUAAUGUUAGAGUGACCUGCAGUAAUGCAGACAGGAACAAAAUAAGCAGAGAUGCCUCUUCAGUCCAAUGGAGAAGUAUGUAAAGAUGUUCUUUGGUGUCUCCCAGAUACGCAACAGUUAAAAUACUUCUCUGGCUUUAAGAUUAACUGCACUUUCGUAUUAGCUAAGUUUGAUACAAAGACUAAACUUUCCACUGCUUUUAGUCAAUCUCAGAGGGCUGA